CAUUUGAUUAAAUCGGGCGGUGUCGUCCUGAAGAGCUGUGAAGAGCAGACGAAAUCCAUGAAAUUCACGCCCCUUGUUGGUAAAUCUUGCAUACUGGGUCGAAAUCAGUUGUGACUAAUCUGAUCUUGGAGAACGGAAGCUUGAACAGAUUUUUGUCAUUUAUGUAGUAGUUUCGCUCUGUAAAUUUGCAUUUCUAAGUCAUGGCUUCAGACGACGAAAUCCUACCAAUAUUAGAAAACGAAGUUCCUGGAGAUGUCAAAGAAGAAGGAUCAGAAACGGUUAAUGAAUCAUCCGCACCCAGUCAUCCCAAUGAAGUUGGUGAUGAUGAUACAGAUGUGGAAAUCCAACUCUCAGGAUGUGGAGCCAGCCCAUUUUGCGACCCUCGAAGAAUGCCACACAGAUUUAUUGCACUUUUUUUAAUGUGUCUUCUUGGAUUUGGUUCAACAUUUUGCUAUGACAACCCAGGUGCGCUGCAGGACAACCUCAAGUCAGACAUGGGUAUAAAUACUGCCCAAUUUGCCAAUCUUUACGCCUGGUACUCCUGGCCUAAUGUGAUACUUUGUUUUAUUGGUGGAUUUUUAUUGGAUAGAGUGUUUGGCAUGCAGUUAGGAACCAUUAUAUUUGCUACAUUGGUGUUAUUAGGACAACUGACAUUUGCCUUAGGUGGUAUACUGAACAAAUUUUGGUUGAUGGAAAUGGGCCGCCUAAUUUUCGGUAUUGGAGGUGAAUCACUGGCUGUCGCUCAAAACACUUAUGCCGUUUCAUGGUUCAAGGGGAAAGAACUAAACAUGGUGUUCGGUUUGCAAUUGAGCUUUGCCCGACUUGGCUCGACCGUAAAUUUCAACGUUAUGGGACCCUUAUAUAAACACGUUUCUCAGUUUUACACCGGUUAUUUGUGCACAGGAGUGGUUCUAAUGAUAGCUUCGGCCUCUUGUGUGAUGUCACUGUUGAGCGGACUUAUACUUGGCUAUUUGGAUAAACGCGCUAAUCGCAUAUUAAAAAAGACCGGACAGGCUGGUGAAGUAAUUCGUUUUAGUGAUGUCAAAGACUUCCCGGCAACGUUUUGGCUAAUGUCAGUCAUUUGCGUGGCUUAUUACGUUGCCAUAUUCCCAUUUAUUGGACUUGGACAAGUGUUUUUUGAACGCAAGUUUGACUUCUCUCCUAGCAACGCUAAUGCAGUAAACUCAAUUGUCUACGUCAUAUCAGCGGUUGCCUCGCCUUUUUUCGGCAUUUUAGUGGAUAAGGUGGGUCGCAACAUCUUGUGGGUUUUCCUUGCCAUUGUUUUCACCAUUGGGAGCCACGCCUUGCUCACGUUUACCUUCGUCAAUCCUUACGUUGGAAUGGUUACAAUGGGGUUCUCGUAUUCCAUGCUAGCUAGUGCCUUGUGGCCCAUGGUGGCUUUAGUUGUACCUGAAUACCAAUUAGGAACAGCUUAUGGAAUCAUGCAAGCUGUUCAGAAUUUAGGAAUGGCAGUGGUGACCAUGAUGGCUGGACGAAUUGUCGAUGACCAAGGCUACCUCGUUCUUGAAGUUUUCUUUUUGGCUUGGUUAUGCUUGUCUUUGGUAGCCACAGUUUUGAUCUGGGUGAUGAACGCAAGCCGUGGAGGUCUUCUGAAUAUGUCAGUAGCUGAAAGAGACAAACAUGAACGAGAGCUCAUGUCCAAAGAAAACUUGGAACGUGAAAAAUUUUUCGCCUCUGGUUCCAUGUCGGACGUCACUCCGUAUGACCUGUUGCAACCUCGAUCCGAUUUCGCUAUGCGCAACCGUUACCUCUCACGAAUUGGAGCUAAAAUUCCUGAACACUUGGUUCCGCAAGCGAGCAUGGUCUAUCGUGCUCUUCGAUAAGAAGACUAAUUAUUUACAUUGAAACAAUAUUUUUAAAUCAUUCGUGGCAGUAUAGUAGAAUUGAUUGAUUUUGUAUUAUUCCAGCUUGAAAUAGCCGACCAUAUGCUGUCUUCUUUGUAUGCCUGACAAAAAUCUGACAACUCUCGCAUAUGCGGGUCUGCAAAUAAAUAUUACAAGAGCUAAUUCGAAAAAUUAAUCGAAUAGCUUGAAAAAUUAUUAUUUUAA